GCCGAAUGCUUCAGCGCGGUGGCCGCAGGCCAGGCCCGAGUCUCCCCUCGGUCGCCUGGGGGUUCGCGGUUCUGCACCCAGAGAUGCUUCAGUUCUGGAGUCACCCAAGGGUGGCAGGUGGGGAAAGGGCCGAACUUGGCGGAGGGCUGGUAACCCAUACUCCGUAAUUUACGCCCCUGGAAGCCACACCCCUACCGCGCUCCUAUUGGGCAGCUCACUUCUGGGGCGGGGCGCACCUCGUGGCUCCUUAUAAAGGGCGGCGCUGGUCCGGCUCCAGGGACCUUUGGGUGCUUCCCGCCUGUCCGCGCUGUCUGCUCACGGUUGAGGCCCGUUGCCCCAACACCUGCGUCGCGGGGUCGCUGUCGCGGGCGCGAUGCUGUUCGACAAAGUGAAGGCGUUCUCCGUGCAGUUGGACGGCGCGAGCUCGGGGGCCGAGCCGGUGUUCCGCGGCGGCCAGGCGGUGGCCGGCCGGGUGCUGCUGGAGCUGGCCGGCACCGUGCGCCUGGGCGCCCUGUCCCUGCGUGCGCGGGGCCGGGCCCACGUGCACUGGACCGAGUCCCGCAGCUCGGGGUCCAGCACCGCAUACACGCAGAGCUACAGAGAGCGCGUCGACGUCGUAAGCCACCGCGCCACGCUGCUCGCUCCAGGCUCCGGGGAGGUCAUCAAGCUGCCGGCGGGACACCACCAGUUCCCCUUCAGCUUCCAGCUGCCUCCGACCCUGGUCACAUCUUUCGAGGGCAAACACGGGAGUGUCCGCUACACCAUCAAGGCUGUCCUGCACCGGCCCUGGGUCCCUGCCCGUCGGGCCCAGAAGGUCUUCACUGUAAUUGAACCCCUCAACAUCAACACCCCCGCCCUGCUGGCCCCACAGGCAGGAGCCCGGGAGAAGGAGGCGCGAUCCUGGUGCAGCCGCCGGGGCGUUGUGUCUCUGUCAGCCAAGAUCCACCGCAAGGGCUACGCACCAGGCGAGGUCAUCCUGGUGUUUGCAGAGAUUGACAACAGCUCCACGAGGCCUGUCCGGCCGCGCGCAGCCGUGGUACAGACUCAGACCUUCAUGGCCCGUGGCGCCCAUAAACAGAAGCAUCUGGUGGUGGCCAGCCUGGUGGGCGAGCCUGUGGGCCCGGGGCGGCGGGCGCUGUGGCACGGCCGCGCGCUGCGCAUCCCCCCGGUGGGCCCCUCCAUCCUGGGCUGCCGCGUGCUCCACGUGGAUUACACGCUCAAGGUGUGCGUGGACAUCCCAGGGACGUCCAAGCUGCUCCUGGAGCUGCCCCUGGUCAUCGGGACCAUCCCCCUGCACCCCUUUGGCUCGUGCUCAGCUGGCCUGGAUGGCCAUACCGGCCUCCUGCUGCUGAGGCACCUGCUGCAACAGCUGGAAGCUCCCCCCGACUACUGGGACGUGGUAGCAGAGGGAGAGGCAGAGGCUGCCAGGGGAAGGCUCACUCUGGGAGCCCGGGAGCCUCCCUUUCUGGCCUGUGUCCCCGAGUUCUGCUACUGUCCGCCACCCCUGUAUGCUGAGGAGGAUCCUUACCCAUCCCCCCGGGCCAUGGGGCUGCGCAUGGUGACCUGCUGAGGGAUGUACGCUGAGGCCCAAGGUCACAGACAUGCACCUGGUCUCCGUGGACGCCACAGCCUCACGGGCACCCAGACUGUGGGGGAAACCAAGUCUCGGGCUGAGCCAGGGCCGCCUCCACCUGACAGCAGCAUAGGAGGGCAUUUAUCUGCCACGGCCGUGCUCAGGGCAUGUGAGCCCGUGGACGAGUAGGAGGAGCCAGGGACCUGAAGCAGGAUCGGAGGCAGCUUCCUGGAGGAGGGGGCAUGUUAGUUCCAGUUCUUGUGAUAAGUGGUGCCAGGGUUCGAACCCAAGGCCGCUCACAUGCCAGGCAUGAGCCGGGCUGCCAGCUCACAUCUCUUGGCUCUGAAGGGGCAUUUCUGCUGAGGCUUUGAUGUAUGGACACAAGCUCAGCGGGCAGGCCAGGUGGGAGGAGCCCCAGGAGGGGGGAGCACCAUCACGGCUGUCAGGUGGCUUGGGGGGGGCCCCAGACUGGAGCCCAGCACCUGGAGGCGAGGUCCCAGGGGCCGCUGAGGUCAGAGCCAGCCUGUGCCCUGGCUGCCUGGGGGAAGCCACAGUACAGGGUGAGCACCCUGGGAGGGGGUGUGGGACCCAGCACCCCUGCACCUCAGUGCUUCUCUUUGGAGCGACUUUACACUUGUUGUGAUUUUAGUUUUGGUGUUUUGGUUUAGAGCCACACCCCGCAGUGCUCAGGAGUCACUCCCAAUGGUGCUCAGGGUAACCUAUGGGAUGCCAGGGCCAGCCUCCUGCUGUCCCGGGCUCCUGUCCUGUGCAACUUUUUAA